AUGUGUAGAUGUUCUGUCGUGGUAUCAGUAACACUAUUGUUGAUGUUUAUUUCUAUUGCAAAAACUGAUAAAAAUCCGUUUCCAAAUCCUCCAGUUUGGCCAACAGUAUGGAUGAGUCAUGGAAGUGGAUAUUAUUUAUUUAACAAUGAGACAAUAUGUGCAUCGAUCUAUUAUGAUUGGUCAAUUCCAGCACAAGUAAUGAAUUUAAUGAGAUCAGAUUCAAUUUCAUUUACAAUAUUAAAUGUUAAAGAUGUGGUAUGGAGACUUGAAAGAGCAAAUAGAACAUGUUGCAUUGAUCCAAAUCAAACGGGCGUAACACCACCAAGACCAGACUGGCUGCAAGGUAAUUAUACUGUUUAUGACGGUAUCGUUAAUGUUAUGGAACAUGAAUGUAAUAGUUGGACAAAAAAUGUUCCUGAUGUAGCCACAUUCUCCUGGUUAACAUCAGUCAAAACAUCUGUACCAUGUCGUCUUGGCUGGUUAGAUGCUGUACAUUUUGACUUUUCUUAUUUUUCAACAAAUCCAAAUUUGUUACCAACAGGUAUUUUUGAUAUACCGUCUUAUUGUCCAUUUAAAAUAACUGAUCCUAAUUGUUCAAUAAUGCACUUUUAA